AAACUACUAAAGAAAAUUUUUAAAAUUCAAAAUGUGGGUACAACCAUUUUAAUCUGUUGAAAACCACACGAUGGCGCUGCAGGCUAGAGAGAAUGGGGAAAAAUUGAAGUGAAGCUGCUACCCAAGUCACUAACAAAAGGAAGAUCUCUGGGAAUAGAAGCUGUAUCGGUCCAAGAUUGGAAAAGGGGCAAAGGACAAAGAUCCCUGCUACUACACUGCCCAGGUCUGAAGAUUGUGACUGCUUGUUUAUGCUGAGCACUGGGUUGUGAUACAUACUGAUGAAAAAAGCAACUAUGGAGGCCCGAGGAUUGCACUUUCUGAGACAAAGGCAAGUCCUAAUCCUUUUUUUAUUUUGUGGUGUGUCCUGUGCAGGUUCUGGGUUUGGACGUUAUGUGGUGACAGAGGAAACAGAAAGAGGAUCCUUUGUGGUCAAUCUGCCAAAAGAUCUGGGGCUGGGGUUGGAGGAGCUGGCUGCAAGGAGAACAAGGGUGGCUUUUGAUGAUAACAAACCAUACUUGCUCCUGGAUUUUCAUACUGGAGACUUGCUCACAAAUGAGAAAUUGGACCGGGAGAAACUGUGCGGCCCCACAGAACCUUGUAUGAUAUAUUUCCAAAUUUUAAUGGAUAACCCCUUUCAGAUUUACCAAGCUGAGCUAAGAAUUAUGGAUAUAAAUGAUCACUCACCAGCAUUUCAGGACAAAGACAUGGUCUUAAAAAUUAUAGAAAAUACAGCUCAAGGGGCAAUAUUUCGACUAACAAGAGCACACGACUCAGAUGGAGGGCUUAAUGGUAUCCAAAACUAUACCAUCAACCCCAACUCUUUUUUCCAUAUUAAAAUGAAUGAAAAUGAUGAUGGCAUGGUAUAUCCAGAGCUGGUCCUGGACAAAGCUCUGGACUGGGAGGAGCAGCAAGAGUUCAGUUUAAUACUCACAGCAAUAGAUGGAGGGUCUCCACCCAGGUCUGGGACCGCCACUAUACGAAUAGUGGUUUUAGACAUCAACGAUAAUGCCCCACAGUUUUCCCAGGAGCUUUAUGAGACUCGGGCUCCAGAAAACAGCCCAGCAGGAUUGCUUAUUGUUAAAGUCUCUGCAGAAGAUGAUGACACAGGAGUCAAUGCAGAAGUUUCCUACUCAUUUUUUGAUGUUUCUGAAGAUAUUCAAACAACCUUUGAAAUUAAUACUUUUUCUGGGGAAAUCAUUCUCAGAGGAUUACUUGAUUAUGAGUUAGUAAAGUUUUACAAGAUGAAUGUACAGGCAAUUGAUGGUGGGGGCCUGUCAGCAAGAUGUACAGUUUGGGUUCAAAUAUUAGAUACCAAUGACAACACCCCUGAAUUGAUCAUAUCAUCACUUUCCAACUACAUUGUCGAGAAUUCUCCUGAGACGCAAAUAGCAGUUUUUAGAAUUAGAGACAGAGACUCCGGAGAAAAUGGAAAGAUGGUUUGUUAUAUUCAAGAAAAUGUGCCGUUCUUUUUGAAACCCUCUGUGGACAAUUUCUACAUCCUAAUGACAGAAGGAGCAUUGGAUAGAGAGAGCAGAUCUGAGUACAACAUCACCAUCACGGUCACCGACUUGGGCACACCCAGGCUGAGAACCCAGCACAACCUAACCGUGCAGGUCUCCGACGUCAACGACAACGCCCCGACCUUCACCCAGGCCUCCUACACCCUGCUGGUCCCCGAGAACAACAGCCCCGCCCUGCACAUCGGCACCGUCAGCGCCACGGACAGAGACUCGGGCGCCAACGCCCAGCUCACCUACUCGCUGCUGCCGCCCCGAGACCCGCAGCCCGAUAAGUUGGGAACAAUAUGUUUAGAUAUUUUGAAAGAUAAAUGGUCCCCAGCACUGCAGAUCCACACAGUUCUGCUCUCAAUCCAGGCUUUGUUAAGUGCUCCUAAUCCAGAUGACCCAUUAGCAAAAGGAUUGGCUCAGGCGGGUUUGGAAUCAUUACACUAUUCUGUAGCAGAAGAAAGAGAAAUAGGCUCUUUUGUAGCUAAUUUAGCAAGGGACCUGGGGCUGGAGUUGGAGGAUCUGUCUGCACGGGAGGCCCAGGUAGUGUGUGAUGAUAAUGAAAAACAUUUGUACCUUGAUUUGCUGACGGGAGAUUUACUCUUGAAUGAGAAACUGGACAGAGAAGAGUUGUGCAGCACCACUGAGCCCUGUGUGCUGCAUUUUCAAGUGGUAUUGGAAAACCCUUUGCAGUUUUUUCAGGCUGAGCUGCACAUCAGAGAUAUAAAUGAUCACUCCCCUACAUUCCUAGACAAGGAAAUACUUAUUAAAAUAUCAGAAAGUACAACUACUGGGACAACAUUCUUAAUGGAAAGUGCUCAAGAUUUGGAUGCAGGAAACAAUAGUCUCCAAAACUAUACAAUUAGCCCCUCUUCUCAUUUUUGUAUUAAAAUUCGAGAAAGUGGUGAUGGAAAGAUAUACCCAGAGUUAGUUCUAAAUAGAAUGUUAGAUCAUGAGGCGGAACCUGAGCUUAGACUGACGCUGACUGCACUCGAUGGUGGAUCUCCACCCAGGUCUGGGACAACACUAGUUCUUAUCAAGGUCUUGGACAUUAAUGACAAUGCCCCCGAAUUUGCUCAGGGUCUCUAUGAGGUGCAGGUCCUGGAGGAUGUGCCUGUUGGCUCCUCGAUUAUUACCAUCUCUGCCAAGGAUUUAGAUAAAGGAAAUUACGGGAAAAUAACUUACACAUUUUUUCAUGCAUCCGAAGAUAUUCGUAAAACCUUUGAAAUCAACUUACUAUCUGGGGAAGUUAAUUUAACAUCACAACUGGAUUUUGAAACAAUACAGUCCUACUCAAUAAAUAUUCAGGCAACAGACGGUGGGGGUCUAUCAGAGAAAUGCUCUCUUCUAGUUAAAGUACUAGAUAUAAACGACAACCCCCCAGAAAUUGCCAUGUCCUCAGUUACAAACACAAUUCCAGAAAAUGCCCCAGAGACCAUUGUGGCCCUUUUUAGUGUUCGAGAUCAUGAUGCUGGGGACAAUGGGAGGAUGAUUUGCUCUACUCAAGAUGACCUCCCCUUUAUCCUGAAACCAACCUUCAAAAACUUUUUUACUCUGGUUACUGAGAAAGCUCUGGACCGAGAGAGCAGAUCUGAGUACAACAUCACCAUCACGGUCACCGACUUGGGCACACCCAGGCUGAGAACCCAGCACAACCUAACCGUGCAGGUCUCCGACGUCAACGACAACGCCCCGACCUUCACCCAAGCCUCCUACACCCUGCUGGUCCCCGAGAACAGCAGCCCCGCCCUGCACAUCGGCACCCGCCUGGUGGACGUCGGCGGCGCUGGGACGCUGUCCCACAGCUACCGGUAUGAGGUCUGUCUCACUGGAGACGCUCAUAAUAAUGAGUUCCAAUUCUUGAAGCCUAUUUUCCCCAAUAUUCUGGACCAAGAUUCUGGGAGAAAGUCAGAUGGUAACUCAGCUUUUCAGAAUAAUUUAGGUAUCUGAAUCUCCUUACUCGGUGUAUUAAUUUUGUCUGCUUUGCUCUUCACUUUCUUGUUUUAUCUUUGCAGUCAUCCCUCAUUUUUCCUUUUAUUCACUUUUA